UUUUGCUGGCUUUGCUUGUUAUGUGCAUUGUAUUAUUUCCUUCAGGAGUUCAGCACAAUCAAGACAAUCUUCACUCUUUAACUUUAGAGGAAUAUCUAAAUGGAGAUUAUCAGUACAAAACAUUCUCUCCUUACUGGGUUUCAGGAAAUGAGUAUCUUCACCAGUCUGCAGAAGAUGAUGUCAUUCUUUACAACGUUGAAUCUGGGCAGUCAGUCACUCUCAUCACUAACAGCACCCUUACUAAAGUGAAAGCCACAAACUACGCCUUAUCCGCCAACCAGAAUUUUAUAUUGUUGGAAAGCAAUUACUCUAAGCUUUGGAGGUACUCUUAUACAGCAUCCUAUCACAUUUUUGAUCUUAUCCAUGGGGUCUUUGCCAAAGAACAUGAGCUUCCACACAACAUUCAGUAUAUAUCUUGGUCACCCACUGGACACAAAUUGGCAUAUGUAUAUCAGAAUAAUAUAUAUUUGAAACAAGAUCCUAGAGAACCUUCUAUUCAAAUAACUACUAAUGGAAAACCGAAUGAGAUAUUUAAUGGAAUUCCAGACUGGGUUUAUGAAGAGGAAAUGCUUGCUGUAAAGUAUGCACUCUGGUGGUCUCCAAAUGGGAAGAACGUGGCAUAUAUUCAGUUCAAUGAUACCGACAUACCUGUUAUUGAAUAUUCGUAUUAUGGUGUGGAUCAGUAUCCUAGAAAAAUAGCUAUUCCUUAUCCAAAGGCUGGGGCUAAAAACCCUACAGUCAAGGUGUUUGUCAUAGACACCACAAACCCUGAAGUUUUCGGUCCUAAGGAAAUACCUGCUCCAGCAGUGAUAGCCUCAAGUGAUCAUUAUGUCACUUGGAUUACAUGGGUAACGGAUAACCGAAUUGGUGUGCAGUGGCUGAAAAGAGUCCAGAACUUCUCGCUCUUGGCUAUUUGUGACUACAAUGAUCGUUCUAGAUCCUGGAUGUGCCCAGAGAAUCGACAGCAUGUAGAAGAAAGCCCGGCAGGAUGGGCUGGUGGAUUCUUUGUCUCAGCUCCAUAUUUCACUUCUGAUACCAUUUCAUAUUACAAAAUUUUCAGUGACAAGAAUGGUUAUAAACAUAUCCAUUAUGUCAAAGAUUCUGUGGAAAAUGCAGUACCAAUCACUAGCGGACCAUGGGAAGCCAUAUACAUCUACAGAGUAACUGAUGAUGCAAUAUUCUUUUCAAGCAAUGAAUUUGAAGGCUAUCCAGGGAGAAGGAAUAUUUAUAAAAUUAAUCUUCAAACAAAUCCUCCAACCAAGCAGUGUAUUACUUGUAAUUUAAGAAAAGAAAGAUGCCAGUAUUAUGCAGCAAGAUUCAGUUACAAUGCCAACUAUUAUGCUUUACUCUGCUAUGGUCCUGGAACCCCCAUUUCUACUCUUUAUGACAGCAGAUAUGAUAGAGAGAUUAAAGUUUUGGAAGAUAAUAUGCAACUGGAAUUGGAUUUGCAGAAAAUCAGCAUGCCUACAGAGGAAAUUAACAAACUUGAAGUGGAUGGUUUUACCAUUUGGUACAAGAUGAUUCUACCUCCAGGGUUUGAUAAAUCCAAGAAGUAUCCUCUUCUCAUACAGGUGUAUGGAGGACCUUGCAGUCAAAAUGUGAAACACACUUUUGGCAUCACUUGGAUAACCUACCUGGCCAGCAAAGAAGGGAUCGUGGUGGCCCUUGUGGAUGGCCGAGGAACAGCCUUCCAGGGUGAUAAGAUGUUGUAUGCAGUCUAUCGCAGACUUGGGGUUUAUGAAGUUGCAGAUCAAAUCUCAGCAGUAAGAAAGUUUAUAGACAUGGGCUUUAUUGAUGAGAAAAGAAUAGCCAUAUGGGGAUGGUCCUAUGGCGGCUACGUAGCCUCGUUGGCACUUGGGUCUGGCACUGGAGUCUUUCAAUGUGGGAUUGCAGUGGCUCCUGUCUCCAGCUGGGAAUAUUACGCAUCCAUUUACACUGAAAGAUUUAUGGGUCUUCCAACAAAAUCAGACAACCUUGAGCACUACAGAAAUUCAACAGUGAUGGCCAAGGUGGAGAACUUCCAUAAUGUGGAUUAUCUUCUCAUCCAUGGAACAGCAGAUGAUAAUGUACAUUUUCAGAACUCUGCGCAGAUCUCCAAAGCCUUAGUCGAAGCACAAGUGGAUUUCCAGGCAAUGUGGUACACUGACCAGAACCAUGCCAUUCCAGGUGUUUCUCUUAAACAUCUUUACAUCCAUAUGACCCACUUCCUCAAGCAGUGCUUUUCCCUCGUUUGAAGCAAGGCUUCCUCCACUGGCCUUCACUGUUUACACAUAAAGGAGAACAAUUUCUGCUAUUUUAUAAAGCAAGAUUAGCUACGCACAUUAAGCGUAUUUUGGAGACUGAAUAUGUGAUUUGCAGAAGGCUUGAUGCCUAUACCUCUUAUUGACAUUAACAUGCCAGUUUGUGUUUGGGUAUGUUUAUUUGUUG